UUUUGUUUUCCCUUAAAUAUCCCUUGGGGACUGAACUGAACUCGCCUGCAAUCCAAAAACCCUAGACCAAAAAACCAGGGUGCGGCCUCCAAAAUGGUUCAGCGGCUCACUUACCGCACGCGUCACAGCUACGCCACCAAGUCCAACCAGCACCGCGUCGUCAAAACUCCCGGAGGGAAGCUUGUUUAUCAAACCACGAAGAAGAGAGCUAGUGGACCCAAAUGUCCUGUUACUGGAAAGAGAAUUCAAGGAAUUCCUCACUUGAGACCUGCUGAGUACAAGAGGUCUAGAUUGCCUAGAAACCGUAGGACUGUGAACCGAGCUUACGGCGGAGUUUUAUCCGGAAGUGCUGUUAGGGAAAGGAUCAUUCGGGCCUUUUUGGUGGAAGAGCAGAAGAUUGUGAAGAAGGUUCUGAAGAUUCAGAAGGCAAAAGAAAAGCAAUCAUCCAAGAGCUAGAAUUUCAAUGGGGUAAAUGUUGGCUUAAUGGAUUGAUUUGUGAACCUUGAAAUAGUAGUUCGAGUUUAUCAGGGUUUUAUGUUUUUACCAAAGGCUGUUAUGAACAUUUUUCUGCUUAUUUGUCUUUGUCGAUGAA